AGCUAUUAAGCCGAGUUUGUAGCGAGAGCGCGCGUAUUAGAAUGAGGACUUCCUGGGGUUUGUUGGGAGUCCUUAUUUUAAAUUUUGGAUGUGCCGCUGGCUUUGACAAUGCAACUGUUGUGAAGAUAGAAGUACAUGUGAAUCGGACGUCAGUACCGCCGCCACUGUUUGAUCCCAAUUUAAACGUAACGAAAGAAGACGCAAAUGAAGGAGAUCCUAUUUACUACUACACGACAGAAACCAGUGAAACAAGUGAAGACACAGUGGCUGAAACGAAAUCCAUUCCGAAUAUCAACAACCUUAAUUUUCCCUACAACCUACAAAUAAUCAAGGAAGUUCUGAAACAAUUGAAAAACGACAAGUGUGUUCGGGACACCACGUUGAUCUUGGAAGGAAUGACGCAACAUGAUAGAUGGGCCUUAGAAAUGUUCGAUUCCUUUCCGAAGUUUCCAGUGGGAAUCAUCUACGGCAACCACUACCAGAUGGGAAACUUCGACGAGUGUGUAGGCGUGGAACGCCUACUCAAAGAGGAAGAAGACGAAAUCCAGCUACAGGGUCAGUACUGUCUAGCCGACAUUCACUUCCAGCGCAAGAAGGAGAGCAACGGAAGGUUCGCCAGAUCGACGAAUAAGGCUGAAGUCAAGACUGACAGGAAUAAAUUCAACAACAGCGUGAUACACUGGGGCAUAUGCCUCCCGUCUUCGUGUUCUACAGAAGACGCACAAAUAUUUGUACAUGAAGUUUUCACUUCGGCGGUACAUAAUUUUGACGUGGUGCACGUGAGGGUAGACUCCGAUAAAUGCUACCACGAGUCUUCUCCACCUUUUACAGCUUUGGAGAUAGUGUAUAGUUGUAUCAUAGGGGCCUUUCUCAUGUUCACCUUGCUGGCGACGUGUUUUCAUUGCAUGUACAUAAGAAAAAGGAAGAGAUACAUAAAUUAUAACGUGGAUUCGUUGAGGUCGAGGAAACCGAAGUUAUUGCACGAAGUUGUGAUAUGUUUUUCGUGCAUAAACACAAUAGGGAAAUUUCUGCACGUCAAACCCAACGAGCUGAAUCUGGAAUGCAUCUGCGGCAUCAAGUUUUUGUCGAUGAGUUUGAUUAUAGUGGGGCACUCACUCAUAUUCUUCAUGGGAGGGCCGAUGGUCAAUAGGGAUUUUUUCAAAGAGAUGUCCACGAAACUAGAAAACAGUCCUCUACUAAACAACGCGUUACUUGUGGAUACUUUUUUGUUAGUCGGCGGAUUCCUUCUCUGUAGACUUCUACUAAUCGAGCUUGACAAAAGAAAAGGCAAACUCAACGUGAUUAUUCUCUACUUUGCCAGAUACAUAAGACUGACUCCUUCGUAUAUUGUUGUAAUUGGACUGUACAUGACUUAUUUAUAUAGGACGGGGUCUGGACCUUUCUGGAAGUCAAGAAUAGGUUUAGAAAGAGACAGAUGUUUGAGUUCUUGGUGGACAAACGUGUUAUACGUCAAUAAUUAUGUCAAUACAGACCAAUUGUGUAUGUUCCAAUCGUGGUACUUGGCCGUCGAUUACCAUCUUUUCAUAAUAUCGCCUUUAAUAAUUUACCCCUUAUGGCGUAAAAGAAAAUUUGGGGAAUCGCUAUUGAUUGUCUGUAUUCUGACAUCGAUCGCGACACCGUUUUGGAUUACUUUUAAGGACAAUUUGGACCCUACCCUCAUGGCUUACCCUCCAGAAAUGGAAGACAUAUCUACGAACUUCUACUUUUUAAAUGUGUACAUAAAAACCCAUAUGAGGUCUAGUUCGUAUUUUUUAGGAUUGCUGUUUGGAUAUCUGGUGCACAGGCUUCAGUCCACAGGGACUAAAAUCAAGCCUUUAGUAGUAUGGCUCGGUUUGAUCCUCUCCGCAAGCCUAGGAAUAAUGUCCAUGUACUCCAUUGUUAUUUUUUAUAAUCCAGAGCAUACGGAGAACAGUUUGGAGUCAGCUGCUUAUUCUUCUCUCCACAGAGUUGCUUGGAGUUUAGCAAUUGGAUGGAUUAUAGUAGUUUGCGUAACGGAUAAUGCAGAAAUAAUAAAUAAGUUUUUAUCAUACAAGUUCUUCAUACCAGCCAGUAGACUGACUUACUGUGCCUAUCUAGCAAAUGGGUUGAUAGAAGUUUACAAUAUGGGUGUCCUUAGACAACCUGUGUACUUAAGCAAAUAUGAAUUGGCUUGUAAAAUAUUAGGUCAUCUAAUCCUUACUUAUACAGUAGCAUUCAUCCUGUGUAUAUUUUUCGAGUCUCCCAUCCAUAGCUUGGAAAAAAUACUACUGAGGAAGGACAAAGUCAAGGAGCAGAAACAGAACUCGACAUUAACUCCUAUGGACGAAUGACCAGUCUAUACCGAGUGUUUUAAAAAAGGUGCCAUAAAUUGGGGGUUGAAGUAAAAACCAAAAAAUAAACUCAUGGUAACUUUUUUAAAUCAGAUCAUUUACAAAAUAUUUAUCUACCUUUAUUUAUUUAUCUCUAUAAUAAAUGUAUCUUAAAAAAGACAUAAUAAGGUUUAUAAAAAAAUGUCAUCAUGUCCCAUCACCUAAUUUUAUGGCACUCUUUUUGAAACACCCUGUAUAUCAUGUUUUGUAAAUAGAGCUAUUUAAUUUAAAUUAGUUUUGUAGACAACCAAA